AUGGCAACGUAUUCUUCGCCGCAUGAUUCGCCACGUGAUUCGCCGCGUGAUUCAUCGCAUGAUCCGCCAUUCUUCCUGCACCACGCGUUUGUGGACAAGCAGCUGUGGUACGACUGGCAAGUGACAACGCUUUGCAACAGCAACAUGCCAGUAUCCAGCAUCGAUGCUGCACAUGGCGCUUUGCCGGAUCUGAGGAGAAACGGCAUCAUGGUUUAUCGUCCCCCACGAAAAACAGUGAACAUGCGACAACGCACGGUGAGGAAACGAAUCGUGUCGUGA